GCAGUUCAGCACAGCACUGGUUAGUUAAUAUUUUCAUGGUAACUCGUAGCAGUUGUGAUCGCACGUACAGUAUUUUAUUACUUGCAGUAGAUAAACAACUAAAUGGUGGUGCCCUUUUUUCACCAUUAUAGAAAACUGUGUGAUUCCCCAAGAGAACUAAGUCAGUUUUUUUUAUCCUUGUGACACAUCUAAUCAAUUUCUAUAUAAGAGUUAGGUCAAAGUGAAGUGUUGUGAUGUUAUUUUGUGUGACGAGAAGCAUCUUUACAAGUUAGCCAAGUGGCGCCUUUUUUGUCAAUAUAUAAAGUGUGCUUCGAUAGUAACCGCAGUCCUGUAGACAUAAUUACUAAUUCUAAUAUGCGAGAAAACAAUAGCACCGGUGAGAAUAAGGAGGAGAAGGAGGAGGAGUACGGUCUUGGCUAUGACCACACUUUGAUGUAUGGCCGGUACACGAAGGAUCUUGGCGAGUAUGCAAAGGAGGAGGCACGCCGGCUGCGCAAUGACAAGCUUCUGCGCAACAAUUUCGACAAGGUACGCGCUCAGAAAUUCAGCAAAUCAAGACAAGGUCCGUUUACCCGUAAGCUUAUCACCCUAUUGGCCUUUGCCUGGAAGCACACUGGUGCUCGCCUUGGGGAAGACUGGGUCUUCCUUGCGCUACUUGGCAUCAUUAUGGCCUUCAUCAGCUAUGCCAUGGAUCGUGGAAUUUCCAUGUGUAAUAACGCUAGGAUAUGGCUGUAUGAGGAUCUCACAUCCCACCCGGUUCUACAAUACUUUGCCUGGGUAUUCCUACCAGUGUGCCUCACCCUCUUCAGUGCCGGCUUCGUCCACAUUGUUGCUCCACAAAGCAUCGGUUCAGGCAUACCCGAGAUGAAGACAAUCCUGCGGGGCGUUGCGCUCAAGGAAUACUUAACAUUUCGUACACUUGUUGCUAAAGUUGUUGGACUGACAGCUACUCUCGGUUCAGGUCUACCACUUGGAAAGGAAGGUCCAUUUGUACACAUCGCCAGUAUUGUAGCCACGCUUUUGUCGAAGCUAGUGACAGGCUUUCAGGGGAUCUAUGAGAAUGAGAGCCGUAACUGUGAGAUGCUGGCAGCAGCAUGUGCCGUAGGAGUAGCUUCAUGUUUCGCAGCUCCCAUAGGUGGUGUUCUCUUCAGCAUUGAGGUAACGACCGUAUACUUUGCGGUGCGAAAUUACUGGCGGGGAUUUUUCACAGCUGUCUGUGGUGCCACCAUGUUUCGUCUACUAGCGAUCUGGUUCCAACGUGAAGAGACCAUUACAGCCAUGUUUAUUACCAGCUUUACCAUGGACUUCCCCUUUGAUCCCCAGGAGCUCUUUGUCUUCGCUCUUAUUGGUGUUGCCAGUGGUCUCUGUGGCGCAUUCUAUGUAUGGCUUCACCGACAAUAUGUCUUAUUCAUGCGCCGCAACAAGAGCAUGAACAAUUUCCUCCAACAAAACCGUUUUUUGUAUCCUGGAAUUGUUUCGUUGGUUGUCUCUUCAUUUUCCUUCCCUCUAAGUCUUGGACAGUACAUGGCUGGAGUCUUAAACACGCACGACCAGGUCCAUGGACUCUUUACCAAUUUUACAUGGACUAAACUCGAUCUAAACGUAGAAGAGAGAAACAUCAUCAAAUACUGGUCAACUGAACAGACUGAUGUCUUCGUUGGUCUUCUGGGCUUUACAGCAUUUACGUUCAUCUUUUCUAUUAUUAGUUCUACCGUGCCAGUACCAUCAGGAAUUUUUAUUCCAGUUUUUAAAAUAGGAGCUGCUCUUGGCAGAGUAGUUGGAGAAAUCAUGGCUCUUCAGUUUCCCCAUGGCGUGCGGUAUGGUGGUGUCAUAACGCCAAUUGUACCAGGUGGAUACGCAACUGUUGGAGCGGCUGCAUUCUCUGGUGCCGUUACCCACACAAUAUCAGUUAGCGUGAUUAUAUUUGAGAUGACAGGCCAGAUUACGCACAUCGUGCCGAUGAUGAUAGCUGUGCUAAUCAGCAACGCCGUUGCAGCGUUACUCCAGCCGAGCAUAUACGACAGCAUUAUACUCAUUAAAAAGCUGCCUUAUUUGCCAGAUUUGCUACCCUCUGGCUCAGGAAUGUACAAUAUUUAUGUAGAAGAUUUCAUGGUUUGUGGUGUGAAGUAUAUUUGGCAUGGGAUAACAUAUCACAGGCUAAAAGAAAUUUUGAAGGAUAAUAAAAAGCUGCGUGGGUUUCCAUUGGUUGAUAAUCCAGAUUCAAUGAUUCUAUUGGGAUCAAUACAGAGACUAGAACUAAUCAACUUGAUCGAAAAGCAUAUUGGUAGAGAGAGGAGACUGCAGGUGGCUCAAAAAUGGCAUCAAGAAGCAGAAGAAAGAGCAAAAGAAGUAAUAGAACAACAGAUCAAGGAGCAAAAAUGUUCGAGAAGGCCAUCAAGAUUUGAAGUUAUUCCAGCUCCUGACAUUUUAAAAAUACAAAGACAAAGUGUCAAUGAUCUAUCACUGACAUCUGGUAGCGGAAUCAACUCAGAUCAUACAUUUCAUACGCCUGUAUUUGGAAGUCAACCAAAAAAAUCGAUUCUCAAAAAGACAAAUUCAUUUACUCUAAAAGGUUUCAGUCCACUUGUAAGUCCAGCUGUAACGCCUUACACGACUGUAACUGGAGCUGAAAGCAGAAUAAGACUAGCAUUUGAAGCAAUUUUUCGAAAAUCAGCUACCUUACAAGAUGUGGAUCCAGAUCCAGAAUUAAGUUCAGGUUCCAUCCAUGACAGACAACAGAAAAGUAUCGAUAAAACUAAUCAGCCGAUAUUAACAUCAAGUCCCGUAAUGUUCAAAAAAGUUCAACUGCCUCGAGAGCGUGUAAUUGACAUGUCACCAGAAGAUCAAACAGCUUGGGAAGAGAGCGAAAUGGCCCUUGAGGUUGACUUUUCACGAUGUCACAUUGAUCCAGCACCCUUUCAGCUCGUGGAAAGAACGUCGUUGCUUAAGGUUCACAGUCUUUUCAGCAUGGUUGGUGUCAAUCAUGCUUAUGUAACUGCCAUUGGUAGGCUUGUAGGAGUAGUAGGGUUGAAAGAGCUUCGUAAAGCAAUUGAAGAUGCCAAUGCUGGUAUCCUGCCCAUACAGCAGCCGAACGUUGACAACAGUACGCAUUUUAAGAUCUCAAAAAUGAGUCUGGUGGACGAACAUAAUGAUGUGGAGACAGGUACCAAGACCACUUUUAACACCAACCAAAGUCAGUUCAACUAAUUAAACUCCAACAACGUUAAAAAAGUCGAGAAGGUCUGAGACGAAGAAAAAAGUUUGUGUCACCUGCUUGCUUUGCAACUCAUCUGUUCAAUGAAUAGCUUGAUAAUUUAAAAUUACGUUAAGUUAAUAAAUUAUAAGGCCAGUGUUAAGUUAAUUGUGAUAUUGUUAUGACAGCACGACUUUCCAGCUACUUAGUUCGUAGAGUAAUAAAAUGUCUUUUACAAAUAUCUGAAGCUGCGUGACAAAGAAGAAUGUAGAAGCAAGAAGUGAGUGACUUUUCUGCACUUUUUACUUCGUUUUGUUUUCAAAAAUAAACAAAUUAUGAACAAAUAAUAUCAUUUGUAAAAGAAGUCUAAAAGGCUUAAUAAAAUCCAUGUUUCAAGCGGCCGUACAUGAACAACAUUUUUUAUCUUAACAUCAACAUAAUCUUGAACACUAAAGAUAUAUCUAAUAGAAUACCACGUCAUAUUAUCACUUUAAUAAAAGGAUGCACUCGAAAGUGUUUUUACUGUUUGCCAUGAAAAUUCGCUCUACUACAUCAAAAGAAGUUAAACUUCAUUCUAAAUCAUUUUUUAAUGAUCAAGUUAAUAAUGUUCGUAUCAAGUGUCUUUUUAAGAAAAUUUAUUAGUUUAAUUAUAUUCCUUGCAAACAAUGGUUACCUAGUUCUGUAUGCUGACAAGUUUUGUUUUAUAUGAGUAGUUAAAGCUGGUAUUAUAAAAGUUGUGUACAUAGUGAGCAUCGUUGACUAUCAUGUUAAGAUUUAGUAUUGGAAUCAGGGUAUCAAAAGUUUUGCAUUGUAAACAAAGAAAAUAAAACGAGUUUUUAAUAGUUAAAAAAUGUAUAGAAAU